CAGAUUUUCCCUUCCCUCAUCCUCAUCGUCGUCCUUCUCGCUCUCGUUCGCUUUCACGGCUGGCCAGGACUUGGGGCCCCAUUGGUUCAUUUGGUGUCGUGUCUUCCUCGAUGUGCAUCGUGUGAUUUGCCGGUAACGCCCUCGAUCUCGAUCCUGCAGCUCAAAUCCCUCUGCGACUCGCCGGGCUCGUGUGUGCGCCGGUCAGCCUCUGACAUUGUUCAAUCUCCCUCUUCAAGUCCGGAAUGGCGGUGUUCCUAGUGUGCUGAUUGCGGGAUGGGUAACUCAAACUCUUGCUGCGCGUACUCAUCCUCGCGCUCCCGCCAUCACAACGGAUCGGGCGCUCAGGGCGCUGGAAGUGGGAAGCGAACGCGCCGGUCAAAUAACGGACAUGCGCGUGGGGGUUUGGACGUACCCUACGGGCCGGCUUCGUCGCUGAGCGGUUCAGGGGGUGGGGUGAGCCCUUCGGAACAUCCUGGUGGCGUCUUGAGUGAUGAGGAAGGGCAUUUGGGCGUAGGUGGGGGCGUGAAACGCCGCGAAGAGAGUGUGGGCAAUCUGCAGCAUAUUAGUGAGCGCGAGCCAGAUGAUUGGGAAGAGGAUCCCUCCCUCCACCCUACCACUAAUACCAUCUUCAUGGAGAAGUCCAAGCAGUCCAUUCAGAACGGCAUGGUGAGGAAACGUAGUCAGAUGCAGUUAAGCCAGUCCAAGAACUCGAUGAAUGAGUUCCGCGGAACCCUGAAAAAGUCCAGCUCGUGUUCCACCAUCUUCAUCGAUGAUUCCACCGUGUCUCAGCCCAAUCUCAAGAACACCAUCAAGUGCGUGUCGUUGGCCAUUUACUAUCACAUCAAGAAUCGGGUGUCCGACACCACUCUCGACAUUUUUGACGAGAAGUCGCAUCCAUUAACGCGCGAUCCAGUCCAUCCGGACUACAACAAAUGCAACCCCGAGCAUCGCCAGAUCUACCGGUUCAUCCGCACCUUGUUCAAUGCGGCACAGCUCACUGCAGAGUGUGCCAUUAUCACACUCGUCUAUCUGGAAAGGGUUCUUCGAUAUGCCGAGAUGGAUAUCGCUCCCGGGAGUUGGAAACGCAUCACGCUCGGAGCCAUUCUAUUGGCUAGUAAAGUAUGGGACGAUCAAGCCGUCUGGAACGUGGACUACUGCCAAAUCUUGAAGGAUCUAACUGUAGAAGAUAUGAAUGAGUUGGAACGGCAGUUCUUGGAGAUGCUUCAGUUCAGUAUCAAUGUUCCGUCCAGUGUGUAUGCCAAGUACUACUUCGACCUGAGGACUUUGGCCGAGGCCAACGACUUGAACUUCCCAACGGAGUCGUUGUCCAAGGAGCGCGCGCAGAAAUUGGAGGCCAUGUCCGUGAUGUACGAAGACAAGCUCAAUCAGGAAACCAUUCAGAAUGGUAUGCGCAAGUGGUCCAGUUUAGACAAGAUCAGUGUGAAUCGACGGAGUGUAGCUAUUUUGUCCUAAAACUUCCGCCGAGGACAAUCAUUCCGCGGCGGCACCCGUGAAAAAAAACGCGAAACACGAAAAGCUCGAGCUGCUACGAACAUUUCUUAUUGUUAUAUUAUUAUUAUUAUUAUUAUUAUUAUCAUUAUUACUAUUAUUAUUAUAUCCUUGCUACGAUUAUUAUUUCCUUUCGCAUCACUUAUGAUUAUGAUAUUUAUAUCAGAAUUAUUACAAAAAUUGCCACAAAUCCCAUGGCCGAGCCAGUUCUUUCAAGAAAAAAAAUUGCCCCUGAAUCAAGGCCCGGCAGGUCAAUUUACCGUCGCGAUCUCCAAACUCCAAAAUUUAAAUCACAAUUUUUCAAACCACUUUUCGUUUGCCACUGCUUCGAACCCGCUCAAAGGGUCAAUGUGUUAGUGUGUCCUAGGUGCUGCCUCGAUUCAUAAGGAAAAAAGUCAUCAACCUCGAAGAACCCAGUCAAAGCAUGUACCUUCCUUGGCGAAACAUGUUGGUAUGUUCAGGUUACGUUGUGUUCUACGUCGCUCGGUGGUUGCCCUGGUAAAAAUACCACAGUGGAAUAUGAGCCUAGCCAUCCUCUCUCUUCCUCAUCCCUAACAAAAACAUUUGUACUCAAGUAUUUACGUUCUUGUAUUCUGAAGAUGCUAUUACAAAGAAAUUGCGAGAAAACAUUGUCAUAACUUUCUUCUUCCUGAUAAUAUAGCGAAUAAACAAGAUAUAAAGAUACCUCA